AUGGACAUGGACAGUAAACGGCUGGUGGUGGUAGUACCAAACGAAGCGUCAACGACCUCGGGCAGGUUGUUUAGCGGUGAUGAUGAGGUGUGGAAGGGCUACCUGGAGAACCCUCUGUCUGCUGCCACUAAGGCCAUGAUGAGCAUCAAUGGAGACGAGGACAGCGCAGCUGCUCUGGGACUGCUCUAUGACUACUACAAGGUUCCUAGGGAGAGGAGACUUGCAGCCAGUUGUGUAAAACCUGCAGACCCCUCUGCUCUUGGGCCCAAUAACUGUGGUAACUUGGAAAUACUAGAUCAGCGUCUUCAGGCUCUUAGAUGCAUGCCUGUUAACCUCUCUCUAAACAACAGCACCAAUAUAGAACACCAGGGCUCCAAGUACGACUCUACUGGCCUUACAGGAGGCAUCAGAGGAGGAGAUGGUAAAAGUGAAGGUGGGGUAUAUUUUGCUCUUGUCAAGACAGAGGAACAGAGACCUAUGGGAGAGUCCUCCUGUGGAGGUUCCUAUCCAGCAGAGACCGGAGAGCAGAGAGAGGUGGUUUACAAACAGAGCUGUUAUGAUUUGUCCUUGUCUGGAUACUUGAAAGAUGAACAGAGAAGCACUCCAGACAGCACAUAUGAGGAAGCUGUGGAAGGAGAGAUGUACCAGAGAAGUCCCUCCUCAGGACCUGAUGAAUUCCACUGUAGCCGAUCUGGUGACAGUUUCCAGUACAAUCUGGAGGCCAGCAUGUCGCUGCGGCAGGGAGAAGGACCCAUGGCUUACCUGAAUCGGGGACAGUUCUAUGCUCUGACGCUGUCUGAGAUUGCCUUCAGUUCAACCCAACGUCAGCAGAGAGGCAAAGUGCGGGUGAGUCGACCUUCACCCUCACAGGGGCCUGAUGGGAGCCCAUGCAGUAGUGAGCAAUGCACCAUGGGAGGCUCUGAGCUACAGUGGGACAGUAUUAUACAGAGUGUUAUCAUGGUUGUCUUUGGGGAAGACAAGUGCAGAGACGAGCAGUUGAAGAAUUGGAAAUACUGGCAUUCCCGUCAGCACACUGCCAAACAGAGGGUCCUGGACAUUGCUGACUACAAGGAGAGUUUCAGUACAAUUGGGAAUGUGGAGGAAAUUGCCUACAAUGCUGUCUCUUUCACAUGGGACGUCAGUGACGAAGCCAAGGUCUUUAUCUCUGUGAACUGUCUGAGCACAGACUUCUCCUCUCAGAAGGGCGUGAAGGGGAUGCCUCUGAUAAUCCAGAUCGACACCUACAGCUACAACAGCUGCAGCAGCAGACCCCUCCAAAGGGCCUUCUCCGAGAUCAAGGUUUUCUGUGACAAGGGUGCUGAGAGGAAGCUUCGUGAUGAGGAGAAGAAACAUCUCAGAAAGAGGGUGAAAGGGAAAAAUGGCAGCUCGGGGCCAACCUCUAACAUUAAGAGGACUGACUGCACGCUAUUCAAAGCCAUGACCAACCUGGACUCCCAGCCUGUCCUCUUCAUUCCUGACGUCCACUUUGGAAACCUGCAGAGAGCAGGGCAGGUGUUUGCUUUUGACACAGAGGAAGUUGACAGAAAUGGGAGUGUUGUGGUGAAGAGGAUGUCCUGUGUUGCUGAGGAGGCCGUCUGUCCCCCUAAGAAGUCCAGAGUAGACCAUGGAAGGAAAGUCCUCCUGUAUGUGAGGAAGGAGUGUGAUGAAGUGUUUGAUGCCUUAAUGCUGCACACCCCAACACUCAAUGCACUGAUUGAGGCAAUUUCAGAGAAAUAUGCAUUACCUGUUGACAAGAUGGUCAAAGUUUACCAAAAAAGCAAGAAAGGGGUCCUAGUGAACAUGGAUGACAACAUCAUCCAACACUAUUCCAACGAGGACACCUUUACCCUGGCUAUCGAGAGCUCAGCAGACUCCUUGCGGGUGACUCUGUCAGAGAUCUGA